UCAGUGGGAUCAAUGUCAAACUAUUCUUAUCAUGGCUUAAUAUUCUCCCUGAAGAUAGUGACUACAAAUUAAGCCACUUUGAAGGUAGCAAUAUCAAUUAUUAGAUACCAUAAAUCUUCAUUCAUCAUAUCAUCAUAUCCUUCAUCGAAGAGAAAAAGAAAUGGGUGAGACGAACAGUGGAAGCAAAAGCAGCAGAUGGUGUCUGCAGGGGAUGACAGCUCUGGUCACCGGUGGAUCCAAAGGAAUCGGAUAUGCUAUAGUUGAGGAGUUGGCAGAGCUUGGGGCCACCGUACACACUUGUUCUCGGAACGAAGCUGAACUCAGUGAAUCCUUGAAGGAGUGGACCACAAAAGGAUACAGAGUAACCGGUUCGGUCUGUGACGUGACCUCUCGUCUUAACAGAGAAGAGCUGAUAGCUAGAGUCUCCUCUCAGUUCAAUGGAAAACUCAAUAUCCUUGUAAACAAUGUGGGAACAAACAUAGUGAAACAGACCCUGGAUUUCACAGCGGAAGAUUUCGCAUUUCUGAUGAAUACGAAUCUUGAAUCUUGUUUCCACUUAAGUCAGCUUGCACAUCCUCUCCUAAAAGCUUCAGAAGCUGCAAGUAUCGUUUUCAUAUCCUCCAUCGCUGGUGUCGUAGCUACAAACUUAGCAUCCCUUGUAUAUGGUGUAUCUAAAGGAGCAAUGAACCAGAUGACAAAAAAUCUUGCAUGUGAAUGGGCCAAAGACAACAUAAGGAGUAAUUCUGUUGCACCUGGAGUAAUCAGAACCCCUCUCGCGGAAAAGCACUUGAAAGUGGAAAGAGUUGUGAAUGCUGUAAUUUCUCAAACCCCUCUGGGACGGAUUGGAGAGGCAGAGGAGGUGUCUUCGUUGGUGGCAUUUCUGUGCUCGCCUGCAGCCUCUUAUAUCACUGGACAGAUCAUUUGUGUUGAUGGCGGCUUCUCUGUGAACGGCCUCCAUAUAUUGCAGCCUUAGUUUUCACUUUUUCCGUGUUACGUCAGUUACACCCUCACUGCAUUGCUUUCUGUGUCAUUUAGAAUAAAUUAAGUGUCUGUACUUUCCUAAGUUCAGUUUAGAAUAUAUAUGACAGAAGUAUGAUCAUAAAUUAUAAGGCGACAUAGAUAAAAUAAAUAUGUAUAAUGUGUCUUAUUUUAUAACGACUCCUUUUUAAUCAA